GUUAAACGAAUGCUGAAUUUUAGGCAAAUUAUAAAUAAUUAUGUGUAAAUGAAUUAGUGGGUAAAAUUAGCAACGAAAACUGCGAACGCUAAGUGGAGGGGAAAUAAUCUUUUCUUUUCCAAACCUUUGUAAUGUGGAAUAACAUCAUCUUUAUUUAUAUGUGAACCGUCGUCACUAUCAAGCAACAUGUAGAUUUUUGUUUUACCUGGAACUGGAUGAACUAUUUUCUGAAGUGUUUUUGAUUUCCUAAACGUUGUUUCCUCAAGAACAAUCAUUUAUUUUAAACCUCCAACAGCAAAGCCAUUCCGGCCCUGCCUAAGUCUUAAAUCAAGCCAUAAAACUGGUCAUAAAUGACACAAUUUGUUGCUAUAUAGACUUCUGAAUGUAGACAACCAACUACUAACACUUACCGCCAGUCUAGUUCGGUUGAUUCACCGGCAGAUUGGUUAUCAUGCCCGGAUAGCCCGAUAGGGUAUCGCUUUGUGAGGUAUCACCUAGCAGCCGCCAAAAAAUGCCGUCUUCGAUUGGAAUUGUUUAGUACAUUCUAGCAGCUCAAUCGAAAUGGACGGUAACACUUGGCUACACUACAGUAACGGGGCAAUCCCUCAGGCAGCCGUAGUGGCUGGCCACGAUUCCGAUGGCGACACCAUCUUCAUUGGCCGCGCCUUCUACUGCAACGAUAUGUUGCCGGCCAAGAUCAUUCCCAACAAGGGAAAGGCCUAUGUUGCCUAUGCCAACCAGGAGGUGGAGUUGGAGAACUACGAGGUGUUAAGUGGAGGCAACUACGCCUGGCUGCCGGCUGAAAACGGAGAGGUUCCUCCCGGAGCCGUCAAAGUUGGCAAGAAUGUCGACGGAGAGACUUUGUACGCCGGAAGGGGCUAUCAUGCCGGCAGUUUGACUGUGGGCAAGGUACAUCCAUCUCACGGCUGCCUGUACAUUCCUUACGAUUCCGAGGAGGUCAAGAUCUUCGCCUACGAGGUUCUGUCGCGUCUUAUUGAGGCCAGAUAGGUGCUCCAGUUCCAGUUAUUGCCUGUUAAUCACAAAUAAAUUCGACACUUUUUCUAAA